AUGCCCUCACUGUACUCCCCGCCGGGCGAGACGCCGGCGGACCUCUGGCUCGAAAGGUCGAACCUGGUCGGAGCCGUGCUGGGUGCGGUUUCAUUCGGUGUGCAUGUGGCGGUGUUCGCGCAGUGUUUGUACUUUAUCCUGCCGCAGGCUCUGCGGCGCCGGACGCGGACCAGCCUUGGGCUCGUCGCGUACGUUUGCACGACGUUUGUGCUGGGGAUGAUCACCCUGGCGUGCGAUACCCGGCUGUUGCAGCUGAUGUUCGUCGACAAUCGCGCUUUUCCUGGGGGACCGAACUCAUGGCUGGCGUCGCAUACGGAGAUCGCUGUGAAGGUGGUCGGCAACGUGUCUUAUAUCGUUUGUGUCUUCUUGGCCGACGGUCUUCUUCUCUGGAGAACGUACAUAUUGUGGAACAAACGCGUGUCUGUCGUUAUAAUACCUUCCUUACUCUUCUCGGUGUCCACCGCAAUGUCCAUCCUCACAGUCGUUCAAAUCGCACAGCCCAACCUCCGCGUCCUAGACGGGAACCCCACCCGCUUCACCGACCCCUACUUCUCCACCUCCAUCACGCUCACCACGCUGCUCACACUCCUGCUCGUCGGCCGACUCGUCUACAUGAGCUACCGCGCAAAGUGGUAUGCGGGCUCACAGUAUGCGGCGGCGUACGUCUCGGUCGCGGCGAUGCUCGUCGAGACCGCGCUGCCGUACGCCGCUACUGGGGUGGUGUUCAUCGUCUGCUUCGCGCGCGGGAGCGCCGCGCAGAACCUUGUCCGACCGGUCCUCACGCAGAUUAUGUGCAUCAACCCCGAACUCAUAAUUCUCCGCGUCGCGAUGGGUCGCGCGCUUUCUGGGACUAUACCAGCCGCCGCUCCGCCCGGAUUCCGCAGCUCGCGAUUACGCACGGCUCAGACGUUCGAGCUGACCACGGUCGGGAGCAGCACGUUGCAAGAAUUAUGUACAUCACCCAAGAAGGACGACUGUAGCUUGCCUGCAGUAUAA